GCAAAACACGCACGGAGAAAGGAUGGGGAGGAGGGCAUGCUGUGCCAAGGAAGGGGUGAAGAGAGGCGCAUGGACGAGCAAGGAGGACGACACCUUGGCCUCCUACGUCAAGGCCCACGGCGAAGGCAGGUGGAGGGAAGUCCCUCAAAGAGCUGGUCUGCGUCGGUGCGGCAAGAGCUGCCGGCUGCGGUGGCUUAACUACCUCCGGCCGAACAUCAAGCGGGGUAACAUCUCCGACGACGAGGAGGAGCUCAUCCUCAGGCUGCACGCCCUCCUCGGCAACAGGUGGUCUCUCAUUGCUGGCAGGCUGCCCGGCCGAACAGACAACGAAAUCAAGAACUACUGGAACAGCACCCUCGGGCGGAAGGCGCUUCCCGGCGCCGGCCGACCCCGACCCGCCACCACCAGGAUCAUCACCACGCCUGGCGCCUCCAGCUCUAGCUCCUCAACCGCUCCAGCAAUGUUGGCCAACCCAGAGCCUGCCGCUUCUCGCGCGGCGGCGCCGUCGUCAGCCGUGUGGGCGCCAAAGGCCGUGCGGUGCACCGGCGGCCUCUUCUUCCGCCCGGAGACGACACCGGUCGCGGAGACGCGGACCGGUGGAUCAGGAGGCGGAGAUGACUGUAGCGGCAGCAGCUCGGUGGCGUCGGAGUUUGCGGCCGAGCCGUGCGACUGGAUGGACGACGUGAGGGCUCUCGCGCUGUUUCUCGAGUCUGACGAGGACUGGGUAAAGUCCCUGCACAUGGCAGAGUAACACUCACACAGUCACACGUGAUGGUGACCAUGGCUAAACCUGGGCAUUUCGGCCGGGCCGAGCUCGACUGUCAGGCCUAAAUAUGGACCCAAGCAUGCAAAAGCCCGUUGGGCUGUCAAGUCUCGGGCCAGAUCUUCUUGUCAUAUCGUUCGAAUCCACAGCCCAGGCCUGGCCCGGCUUGGCCAACGGGCCUAAAUCCGUGGCCCGGUCUAGGAUUUUUGGACCAGGCCAGGAUUUUUGGGUCAGGCCAACUGGGCCGGGCUGUUCAUGCCUAGGUAUAAUUCCGGCCGGGCUGUUACUAAGCUCGUAAUAUUUCUGUUAGUUUCAAUUUUGCACGGUCAUUUUUUCAUACGAAAAUCGAAUCACCGAUUCAGGUGUUUAUUUUUGACU